CACACACACACAGACACUUCUUCUUCACAGUGUGGAAAACAGAAGGUGUGAGGAGGCUGCAUGUAUGGAGGAUAUAGCCAUUGGCUGAGGCAUGUGGCUUUAAACGUAAGCUGUUGAAUAGUUUGCAUAAAGCCUGGGCUAUAAAUACUUCAGGCUGUUUGAGUGCAGCUGCUGAUCAGAAAGACGCGCUCCGAACGAAUUUCAAUUCCACCGUCGGAGCUUCUUCAGGUUCUGCCUCCUGAAGGCAGCGUGACUCAGGCAGGAGCCAUAGAUGCUCGCGUUAAGAGAAGAAGCUGACGCUCCUAUUCCCGCGACAUCAUCAUCAUCAUCAUCCUCCUCCUCCUCAUCCCACACUGGAGCAGCUCCGCGGCGCGCGCCGCGAUGCUCAGUCUUGCACAGUAGCAGCUCCAGGAGGCGCGCUUGUUCCUGCCAGCGGCACCGGAGGCGGACCGGAGCGGCGCUCAGCGGACGCACCGUCAAACCGAGAGCCCCUCGACGCACACACCCACCCGAAGCGAUGGCAUCCACGGAUCGAUCCGCCGGAGCGCGUGAGUUCCCGCCCCGUGUGCCGUGUUCCGUGUGGCGGAGGCGCUGAGGACGCGGAGCGGGGCUGGAUGUGUAACGUCACAGGCGUUCAACGCAGCGGUCGCUUGGAUCGAACCGAAUCCAUCCCGUCCUCGCUUCGUCCGGGCAACCGGUCCGUUCGCAGCGGCCGCGGCUGACGCUCGGAUCCGCUCGUUAAAGGAGCUCCGGCAGCGUCAGCAUCACGCUGAGCGAUUGCGUCGUUCGUAGGCAAGUUCAGCCCCGCGCUGCUGAUGGAGAGCUGUCAGCCAAAGUAGAUGUGGUCUGGCCUGCUUUCAUCCCUGCGUAUUAGCGUCCAGGCUGAGGCUGUGAGCCAUGCAGUCUCUGUUCGGCGGAGGCGAGCUGGGGCUGCUGGGAGGCGACGGCACCGCGGGGGGCCUGAAGGAGGACGGCUGCGGCGGCGUGGCCUGGCGCUCGCCGCCGCUGCCCGCCGACGACGUCUACUCGGCCUCGCACUUCGCCCUCAUCACCGCCUACCAGGAGAUCAAGAGCCGGCUGGGCUGCCUGGAGCGCGAGAACACCAGCAUCAAGCGCAAGCUCAAGAUCUAUGAGAUCAAGUUCCCCAUGAUCAGCGAGUUCGGGGAGGACUCCAACUCCUACUGCUCCUUUGAGAGCAAGGAGACGGUGCUGCUGCAGACGGAGAACGGGAACCUGCAGCAGAGAGUCACCGUCCUCACCCACGAGCUCCAGAAGAGGAAGGAGAGAGAGGAGCAGCUGGAGGACGUGAUCCAGGCCUACGAGAAGAUUCACAUGGAGAAGAACAACGUGCAGAGGGACCUGGACAAGAUGACCAGCCUGGUGGAGAAGCACGUGGAGCGCAUCCUGAACCUGGAGUCCGCUCUGCGGCAGAGGGACAACAACCUGCAGAAGCUCAACAUGCAGCUGCACAGCAAAGACAUGCAGUACCUGCAGCUCCACGCCGGCCCCGAAGCCCACAUGCUGGACUGCCCGGCCCUGACCCUGCAGAGCUCCCGCAGCUUGGACACCCUGUCCGACCUGAAGCUGCAGCGGCUGGAGGCGGAGCUGGAGGGCGCCCGGCACGAGGCCCAGGGGGCGUGUCAGCGGGAGGAGGAGCUCAAGGCGGAGUGCGAGGGCCUGAAGGAGGAGAUCAGGCAGCUGCAGAACAGCCAGAGGGAGCGGGAAAUGACUUCCCCGUGCAAGCAGUGCGAUGUGGAGUGGAUAAAGAAGGUGGGAGACGAGCAAGUCAACCUGGCUCUGGCCUACACGGAGCUCACGGAGGAGCUGGGGCGCCUCCAGGCGCUGAGCUCCAAGCAGACGGAGAUCCUGAGGAAGGCGUCCCAGGAGCAGGCCAGUCCAGUCCAGCUGCACUCUCCCAUCCACCACCAGCGCCACUCGCCGGUGUCGCAGCGCCACUCGCCCAUCUCCCAGCGCCACUCUCCCGUGCCGCCGCCCCCCCACCACUCCCCCAUCCAGCAGCGCCGCUCCCCGGUGCUGCAGCGCCUCUCCCCCGACAUGCACCGGCGCUCGCCGCUGCUGGACGUCGCCGACGGGCCGGCCUCCUACUCCUGCCGGCCGCCCACGCAGCUGCUGCGCGCCAGCUUCCAGGGCCGGCGCAGCUACUCGGAGGUGUCCGACCCCUCGGCCUACCAGUGCCCGCCGCGCUUCUCCCUGGACCCGGUGUCCACGCUGCCCAAGCCGCGGCCCUACGUCGACGGCUACGCCAAGCAGCAGGCGGCCCACGCGGGGCUGCAGCACCGCAGCCCCCCGUCCCCCCACCAGGGGGGGGGCGGGGCCGACGUGGAGGCCCCCCUGCGGCACUCGCGCGAGAUGCCGUUCCCGCUGUCGGAGGUGGCGCACCUGCGCUUCGAGCCCCCCCCUCCCUCCACGCCGGCACCCCAGCCGCCCCAGUCGUCUGAGGACGAGGAGGAGUGGACCUGUCCCCACCCCAUCAGCCCGCCCCGGACGCUCGGCGUGCUGAGCUCGGCGGCGCCCGGCGGCGCCAUGAGGGGCCCGGCGUCCUGCUCGGCCUUCCCCGUCCCCCAGAGGUCCAACACGCUGAGCUGCCACACGCAGCCGGGCUACAUGUCGGCGGAGCACGCCCAGUCCUGGCCCUCCAUCAACCUCUGGAUGGAGACCGAGGAGAGCGACAUGCGCAGCUGCCCUCUCUGCCAGCUGAUCUUCCCCGUCGGUUACCCCGACGACGCCCUCAUCAAGCACAUCGACUCCCACCUGGAGAACAGCAAGAUCUGAUUGCCAUGGCAACCAGCUCGCACAGACACGCAUCCACACGCACACAACACACACACAUCUGUGCUCCGCUCCUACGUUGUAUAAGAGGCCGUGGGAGCCGGUCCGACGGGCCUGUUGAUUCUGGCUCCGGCCCGGACCGGCGAGUCCGCGAGCCGGCGAGGAGCCGUCUGCUCCGGCUGCGGCUGCGGCCGUGUGGUGGUGUGGUUUCGGGCAGAUUCAGGUACCGUGUUGCUCCCAGCGUGGCGAGGCCCGGGUCGGGCCCCGGCGGGCUCACGGGCCCUGCAUGUCAAACCCUCCGUUCCCUCCGUCAGGGAGAUUUCAGAUUUUCUCUCUCACACGCAUUCUGAUGAUUUAGUCCAGCUGGAGCCAAGGACGGUGACCCAGUGCAGCCCGAGACACGUGGGACCCAAAGACUUCCUGUCCAUCCUGGUUCCGGGCCUCGCGGACGCGUUGGACGCGCGUUUCCACGUGUGGCCCGGCAUCGAGCGUCCCAGAAUCAGCCGAGCAGCUGGAGCGUGUGGAGGUGGAAGCUAGCGGGUUUAUGGAUGUCCUGCAGCGCAGCCAUGGCUGCAGGGGGGGACGAUCUGAAGAACACACCUUAUGCUUGUUCAGACUUCAGUAUCUUAGCACUUUACGUUAGCGCAGCCUAUAAAGUUUGACCGUUCCAGUUCCUUGUGCAACCUAUUGUUUGUACUAUCUGUAAGGCAAAAAAAUAUAUACAUUUAUAUUUUUGCAAACGUCGGCGCGCCACGUCUCAUGUCGGUGACACGUUUCUCCCCUGUGCUUGUACAUAGAGGUCAAAGGUCAAAACCCCAACGCUCGGGAUACUUUUCUGUACAGACUUGAACUCGUCAACUGGGAUUCUCCUCAGUCUUCCUUCAGACCGGACCUUCAAAACCGCUUGAUGUCACGACUGCCCAGGCCACAAAAAGCAAAACAGUGCGAGCGCAGCCGGCGGCGCCGCCCGAGGCGCCGGGCCGCUCCGCUCCGCGGGGGGGCCGCGGCCCGCUGCGCUGCUAUCGCGGAGAUCGGACACCAGAAGCGUCUCCUAUCAGUCAUGUUAUCUCUGCAGGGUUUCAGCGAGGAUCAGACUCUGCUUUUGAUACUCGUUUUUAUCGCAGGUGGGAUCUUAUCGACCCGCUUGUGGGACUUCUUCUACUACUUCUUUUGGAGGAAAAAAGAAAACUACAGAAAAAAACAAAGUUACAUUGAUGUCAGCUUAUCUGAGGCUUUCAGUUACAUUUGACAGUUUCUAGAGCCGGGGAUGUCCCCGCAGCCAGCCGUGCAUUUGAACUGGUUUGAAGUUGCUGAAAGGAUGACAUGUGGUGGAUAAGAGCACACGGGGCAGUGAUUGAUGCAGGUCUGACUCGCAGAACUUCUGCUCAGCUCCUCUUACACUUCAUGGGAGUCUAGAAGGUAACAUUAGCAUUAGACUGAGCCACUGGGUUUGGACCUUGGUUCUGUUGCCAAUGACGACAUGGUAUUCACCCAGCCAAUGGCCGCAGGCGUCACACAUUUAAUGGGCCUAGUUGUUUUGCCAUCAGGACUAAAGUCUCAUCACAGCAGACGUUUAAAAAAACCUGACGCAAUAUUGGAACCAAGUGAAAACCGACCCUUCACCCACACGCUCGAUAAAAUCACCUAAUAGCACCAAGCAGCAUCUCUUUGUGCUGCUGUCGCUGCAUCUGGGUCCGAUCGGGCCCUUCUCCGCCCUUCGCACCUCUGCUGACUGGUUUCCUGGGGGAAACCCUGCGAACGAGUCAGAAUUUCACAAGAAAAACUGCUCGAAGUUCAAGGUGUCACCAAUAAUAAACUUUAGUGCUAAAGUGCUACAGAUCCUGGUCCUCGGUCGCCUGAUGGAGACGUUGGCGUUGACCUGGUGAAUACAGCGUCGUCGUAACCGUCUACCUACGUCCAGAUGUGUUUGACAACACACUGACGGCAGUGGGAAGAUGCUUAACCAUUAAACCAACGAGGGCUUCAAUGACUCCCAGUUAUUCUACACCAUAUGUACGUUCCUCUAUCGUUCUGUGUAAAAUAUUUAAAGCUGUGUACAGACAUUUUACAAGUGUGUAAUGUAACAUGUAUUCUAUUAUAUGACAACUUCAAAUUGGAGUAUAUGUAAAUCAGUGUAGACGCAUAAUCCAAACACCAUCACGCUAAAUAUGAAUCAUAUGCAAGCUAUAUACAAAUGCUCCCUCUACCUGUCCUCCCUUACUCACACGCGUGUCCGCUGAAUUACUAAUUUCCAGCUACAGUCACCUUUGAGCUGUGGGAUGUGACGAUGAGCACUUUCAGGUUUGGUCACACAUGACAUCAAACGAGCCGACGACACAACCACACGUACAGUAGGUUCAGCCAAAUAAGAAUAGAAAAACAAUGUUUGCAUGAAGGUUUCUCUCGUCCGCCCUCGUGCAGCAAAGAGAGAGAGAAGCACAAAGGGUGAAAAUGUGCAUGAAGUAGUUGGGAUUUGAAGUAGUUGUGUAUUUAAUUUCAAGUCUCACAGGCGCUCGGCCACUUUCUUUAUUAAAGCGCACAAACAGCGUCCCUCCACCGCCAAACCCCAGGACCUGCAUUAGCUCAUAACCAAAGACAACAAACGACUUCCUGUGCUCAGAGGAGCAGAGCGCGCGGCUGCUGCCGGUGUGUGGAACGGCUGCGCUGCGGUUAAUGGUGCUGGGAUGCUGGGAACCACAGCGCCGUUGGCCAGCAGCAGCGGCAAUGCAGAGCACGCACACCCUGCAGAGCUCAGCCCGGCGCCGAGGGCCGAGGGCCCGACCCACCCGUCGCCCGACGCAGGAGGCCAGCGACGCUGUCAGAUUCAAAUUAAAUACGCCGUCAUGAGGAGGGACUCACUCAGGAGAAAAACCUAGGAUCGAAGGAGGCGCCUUUUCAUUCUCCUGGUGCAAACAGUGUACGUCGGUCCUCUAAUGAAGUGAAGGAAACACAGACAUGUACAAGAGUUGUCUUUUGUCUCUUCACGUGUAAAUACGAUUCAAUAAAACUCAACCUGUGCCCACUC